AUGAAGCAUUUUCCGUGGACGGUCUCAAACCAGCGCAGAGAGAGAGGCUCGGGCCGCAAGCCACGGGAGAACCUGUUACCGGUCCACGAACUGCUGCAGGUGGAAGAUCCGCGAGCUGCGGAUAAAUCUACCCUGCCUGGAGCAGCCAAGCGCGUGCGCCUGAGCAGGUCAUCGGUGGAGUCCGAGGUUAUCAAGGCCAAGGCAUUUGACCUCUUGAAGACAAUGCUGGCUUACGAUUAUUCUGCUACUCUGCUGGGUGGCAUGUUGUUGCAGGCAUCACCUGACCAGCAGGCCAUGUCUCUUGUCCUCGAGGACACAUUUAGGCGGAAGGCUUCGAGCACGGUCUACAAGCGGGUUCGCGCUUAUUGGCGAUAUUACUGUUGGGCAAGGCAGGAGCGUGGCAUGGAGAAGCAGGCGUUGGUCCCGAGUGAAGAGUCCUUGUAUAGAUAUCUUUCAGCUAUGAGGGAAUCAGGUCGGGGAGCAACGUCUGGGGAGUCUUUUGUGCAGUCAGUCAAUUUUCUGCAUGCCAUGGUCACGUUCGUGCAUUAUCAGCCUGCCAGUUUGAGCAACCGUGUCAAGGGGGUGGCCUUCGACAUGUUUUGCAAGAAACAACCACUGUGUCAGGCAAGGCAGCUAUCUGUGCCUGAAGUGAGGCGGUUGGAGAACAUGGUGAUCUCUCCACUCUCCGAAGCGAUGGGAGUAAUCGCGGGGUACCUUAUGUUUUGCCUGGCCACCAGCUGCAGGUUCGGAGAUGCUUUGUUCGCGACGAAUUUCGAAGUGAUCAAGGACGAGGGCACCAUGGUUAUUCGAGCUGGGACCUUAGUCCAUAAAACCUCAUCCACAAAGGAGAGGAAGACCAAGUUUCUUCCUCUCAUGGGCCUGGGCAAGUUCAUGCAUGAUGAGCCUUGGGCAGAGCAUUGGAUGAGUUUGAGAGCUAGUGCAAACAUGGAUCAGUUCCUGCCCGUUGUGAUGCCUUCGUACAAUGAGAUGCAGGGCCGUUGGCAGCGGUGUGCAAUGACCACCGCAGAAGGGUCGCAGUGGUUGAGAGACAUGCUGUCGGUUAAGCAGCAGGUCAAAGGAUCUCGCCUCAGUUCUCAUUCUUUGAAAGUCACUUUGCUGACUUGGGGAAGCCUUUCAGGUUUGCUGAGCCAGCAGGAGCAACGGGUUAUGGGGCACCAUAUGGAUCCUGGGUCAACUUCUGCGCUGACGUAUAGUCGUGACGCUUUGUCAUCAGUGCUGGCCAAGACAGCAGUCAUUGUGCAGCAGGUGAAGGCUGGGAGUUUUGAUCCCGAUGCUUCGGUUGCCAAGCGAGUAAGCCUGGCCGUCAAGGGUCUCAUGGAGCAAGUUGAUGAGCAUGAUCAAGAGUGGAAACCUCCUGAGGAGGAUCAGGACGUCUCCUCUUCAGAAUCCGAGGUAGCCUCUGAAACGCUGGAAGACCCGGAGGAAGUUGAGCAGCAGGCCAGAAAUACCUGUGAGUUGGUGCGCCACCAGGUCUCUGGGGUGCUCCACAUCCUUGUGGAGGCUUUGACUGAGCUUCUUGAACUGACGGAGCAGAUCUCGGGCCCUCGAGUCAUACCGUACAGGAGGCUCUAUUUUGAGAGUCAAACUUUGGCGCUGAGUGACAUGAAGCAGCGGCUGGAGAGAAGAGAUGAUCAGGCGCCUCGGAAAAUGUGCCUGCCCGAGCGGGUUCAGCGUUUGAAGUUGGCCCGAGAUGAGCUGACAGGAAUCACCAUUGACGCGGCGUUCGAGCCGUCUCAUCGGCUCACUGACAUUUGUCUUCAGCAGUGUGAGGACCAAUCUAUUUCCUACAUCGAGCUGCACGACUGUACAAGCAGGGAGUGGGAAAUAAGCAACAGGAAGCGUGAUUCGGCUAUUGAGUUUCAAGUUGAUGGCACGCUCAGGAUGACGAAGAAGGAGCAGCGAGUUCAUCACGAGCCGACCGGAGAGCACAAGAUCCGCACUGCCAUGCUGAGGAGGGCUCUGGCUUACCACUUGGUGGGCGCUGCAUCGUAUCAGGUUUUGGAACGAGCGAUUACGAAACUCUUCUCUUACCUGAGCCGCGAACCUGUUCGGGGAUUCAGAGCCGUCUCCUUGCAGCAGAUUGUAUUUGCAGAGAAACAGAUGUGGAUUGAGGCUUCGUUGGCAACGGUGGGAAAGGUCCUAGACACUGCCGCGCCUAAGCCUCUGAACGAGGCGAUUACUGCCGCCAUGGACUCCCCGGAGGUGACGCAGGGCGAGGGGCUCAGCGUCCGAAUUCAGUGCUAUGAGUUUCACUUACCGUUUGAUUGGCGGCAGAUGAAGCCAGUGGAUUGGAGUCAGCCGGUGGACCAACUUUUUGCAGUAGAGUUGUUCGCGGGCACCGCCGGUCUGUCGGCUGAGAUGCAACGCCAACAUUUUCAGGUUUUGCCCAUUGACCACAGCAGGUCCCGAGGGCCUAAGGUCAAGUUAGUGCUUCUGGACGUGACCAAGCCGCAGCAGUUUCAGAUUUUAUUGCAGUUGCUCAUGACGGCCAACAUUGCAUAUUUCCAUGCGGCUCCGCCCUGUGGUUUCGCUGGCGAGAAGCGGGCGGCCCGGGCCUGGGGCAUUGUCUCGAUGCCCCCUCUGGUGUCAGAAUUUGCCAUGAUUGCGGAUGUGGAGCUCGACUCAGCAGCUCAGGGAGCUCGGCACCCUGUCGAUGUGGUUCGCCUCGUCCCAGAUCAGCUUACAAACAGCGUCUUGCAAGUGUUGAGGAUGGGGCCUAAGCUCACCAACUUGAAGAGGCGUUUGAGCCUGGCGAAGAUCAAGCGGCUGAGGAUCCAACUGGCUGCCGAAGAAGUCAGACUGCAUGCGAAGUUGGAUCCGGACGUGGAAUGCAUUUUGCAGGGCAAGAACUUGUUAUUGUGGAAGAAGCUGCUUGAGGAGUCUGGAUACAAGGACCUUUCAAUUUGGGAUGAAGUUGUUCGAGGUGUCAAGAUGACGGGGCCGGCAAGCUUGUCCGAGGAGAUGCCUCAUGGAUACCAAGUGCCGAACAUGUCCGAGCGCGAAGUUCAAGCCAAGGCCCACUGGUGGAGACGUGCGUCAGUUGCAAAGUGCCAGGAACGUGACCCUGAGCUUGAUGCUGAGCUGUGGAAACAGACUCUGCUGGAGGUCGAGAAGGGUUGGUUGCAAGGGCCGUUCUCCGAAGAGGAGGUGACGGCGCUGGUGGGGACAUCCAGCUGGCUGGCAACACGGAGGUUCCCUUUGAGGCAAAAGACGAAGGUCCGUAUCAUAGACGAUGGGCUGGAGUCUGGCUUGAAUGCUUCAUAUUCGACCCCGAAUAAGCUGCGGUUGCACGACCUGGACACUUUGACGGCUUUAGCGCUGCUCAUUCGAAGGUGCCUGGCAGGGAAGGGACGGCAGACAGUUGCUAUGGCAGAUGGCUCGCUGCGAACGGCAGAGCUGGCAGCUGACUGGCCGGCCGAGGUAGAUCUGCUGGGAAGAUGCCUGGACUUGACAGACGCCUACAAACAACUCGCGGUGGACCCCAAGGAGGCCUGGAGCCGCGUUUUGGUGGCCUAUGAUCCUGAGAGAAAGGAGCCCAGGUUUUUCUUGACGCGGGCUCUGAUGUUCGGGAGCUCGGCCAGCGUUUACUCGUUCAACAGGGUGUCGAGAAGCCUUUGGCAUCUGGGACAGUUUUUCUUGUGGCAAUGGAGCACAAACUACUACGAUGAUUAUCCCUCUAUAGAGACGCGUGAGACGGCGGGCUCGGCCAGGGAGACCAUGGAGGGAUUGCUAGAAGAGCUUGGAUGGCGUUUUGCAAAAGAGGGCAAGAAGGCAAAACCUUACUGCGACUCCUUUGAGGUGCUGGGCGUUGUGUGCUCUUUGAGGGGCACCUCGGUUUCCUUGGCCAACAAACCCAGCCGUGUGGAGGCGAUAGUCGCGAACAGUGAGGCGUGGGUGCGAUCAGGUUGGAUAAGCCCUGGAGAAGCAGCGUCAAUGCAUGGAGUCUUGAAUUUUGCCAAGGGACACUUUCAAGGGCGAGCGUUGGAGCCUGCGGCGAAGUUUCUUAGCCAGAUAGCUGCGGGGGGUUGCAAGGAGGCGGACAGGGAGUUGCUGCCCGAGGUCGUUUCGUAUCUGCAUGCUGUUGUGAGAGGCUCGCGCCCCAGGGAGUUUGGCAUUCAUGAUGACUGCAGGCCUAUGCUAGUUUUCACUGAUGGUGCGUUUGAACCGGAUGCUGAGCAGAAGUAUGGGGCAGGAGCGGUGUUGUGGGACACCGCCAGCCAGAGGGGUUCUUCGCACAGCGUGGUGGUGCCUCCGGAUCUGGUGGCUGCUUGGCAAAGUGCGGGCAAACGCCAACUCAUUAGCGAACUGGAAAUGCUGCCAGUGCUUUCAGUGUGUGAGUCGGCUGCAGACAUGCUGUGGAGAAGACGAGUGCUCCUUUUUUGCGACAACAACGGUGUUAGGCAGAUGCUGGCCAAAGGCAAUACCCCUUGCCCGGGACUGUUUGCCAUGCUGGCCCUCGUUCACAGAGCGCUGGCCAAGGCGGAGUGCUUGCCGUGGUUUUGCAGAGUGCCUUCAAAGUCAAAUCCCGCCGACGGGCCUUCGAGAAACUAUUGGCAAGAUGAGGUUUGCGCUGCCCAGUGCCUGAGAGGGCCGGAUUUCACAAUACCGCCUGCCUUAGUCAGCGCACUGCUGUCCAGGCAGACUUUUCUGAGUUUCCUGAAUGCAGAGUCGACUCUGUGA